AUGGCCGGAGGUGGAGAGCGUACCUCCCAGAAGGCCAUGCUGGCUGUCUUCUUGCCCAGGAUCAAGUGUGCUUUGUGGGCUGUCCUUGGCAGUGAAAAUGGGCCGUAUAAAUUAUCCAUUGAAAUAAUAGAGGCUGUUGCUAGCUGCCAGGAGGUCUCUGAUGGUACAGAUGACGGACGUCUGUGUAGGAAAACUCCAUCUGCCACUGCUGUCCAGAGCAACCUGGGCUUGGGUAUCGCCCCCGUGCCGCUCACUGUUCUGAAGAGGGCAGAUUCUCCAUUCUCUGAGAAGUGUGGAGGCUUUGAGGAGGGGGCCACGCAGAAGGAGACACCAGAAGAAAUAGAAAGAUUGACAGUUGAUGAAGACCUCAGUGAUAUUGAAAGGGCUGUUUAUCUGCUCAGUGCUGGUCAAGAUAUCCAAGGAACAAGUGUGAUUGCAAAUCUUCCAGUUUUGAUGAGACAGAAUCCCACUGAAACACUUCGGAGAGUCUUGCCAAAAGUCAGAGAGGUCCUGCAUGUUGCCAGCGUGGAAAUGCAAUUAACUGCUGCGGUGUCAUUCCUGACCAUCCUGCAGGAAGAAUCAGUGCCAGUCCACACCUAUGCCCACUCUUUCCUGCAGAUCAUUCUCCUGCACCUGGAACACAGAGAUACCGGUGUCAGCAACGCAUGGCUGGAAACUCUUCUGUCUGUGAUAGAGGUGUUGCCCAAGGAAACUCUACGGCAUGAGAUUUUGAAUCCACUUGUCUCCAAGGCACAGCUUUCCCAAACUAUCCAGUCUCGUUUAGUUAGUUGCAAAAUCUUGGGAAAGCUCAGCAACAAAUUUGAUAUCAAUACUAUUAAAAGAGAAAUACUUCCCCUGGUAAAAUCACUCUGUCAAGAUGUAGAAUAUGAAGUUCGAUCUUGUAUGUGUCGGCAACUAGAAACCAUAGCUCAAGGCAUUGGGACAGAACUUACAAAAAGUGUGGUGCUCCCUGAAUUAAUAGAGCUGUCUAGGGAUGAAGGCAGCAGUGUACGACUUGCAGCUUUUGAAACUUUGGUUAAUCUGCUUGACAUAUUUGAUACAGAUGACAGAAGUCAAACUAUACUUCCUUUAGUGAAAUCAUUUUGUGAAAAGUCUUUCAAAGCGGAUGAAUCCAUUCUUGUUUCUUUAUCUUUCUACUUAGGAAAACUAUGCCAUGGACUAUACGGAACUUUUACUCCAGAUCAACACCUGAGAUUUUUGGAGUUUUAUAAGAAACUUUGUACAUUGGGUUUACAACAAGAAAAUGGACACAAUGAAAGCCAGGUUCCACCCCAAAUCCUAGAGCAGGAGAAGAAGUACACUUCAGUACGAAAGAACUGUGCUUAUAACUUACCGGCCAUGAUUGUUUUUGUUGAUCCUAAAAACUUCCACAUGGAACUCUAUUCUACAUUCUUCUGCCUUUGUCAUGACCCUGAAGUACCAGUCAGAUACACUAUUGCUAUUUGCUUUUAUGAAGUGUCUAAACUUUUGAAUUCUGGAGUAUAUCUAAUACACAAAGAGCUGAUAACAUUAUUACAAGAUGAAUCACUGGAGGUUCUAGAUGCUCUGAUAGAUCAUCUUCCAGAAAUCUUGGAGCUCAUGUCCACUGUUGGAGAAAACAGUGUGCAAGAGAAUAAGUUGACCUCCCUUCCUGACCUGAUUCCAGCUCUCACCGCUGCCGAGCAGCGGGCGGCAGCCUCUCUGAAGUGGAGAACUCACGAGAAGCUGCUGCAGAAGUAUGCCUGUCUGCCACAUGUCAUAUCGAGUGAUCAGAUCUAUUACCGAUUCCUACAAAGAAUGUUCACCAUCAUGAUGACCAAUAAUGUCUUACCUGUCCAGAAAGCAGCUUCACGAACUCUGUGCAUUUUUCUACGGUAUAAUCGUAAACAAGAUCAGAGACAUGAAGUCAUUCAAAAACUAAUUGAACAAUUGGGCCAAGGAAAAAGUUAUUGGAAUAGACUCCGCUUUUUGGAUACCUGUGAAUUUAUCAUAGAAAUCUUUUCCAAGUCAUUUUUCUGUAAAUAUUUUUUUCUACCUGCUAUUGAACUGACACACGACCCAGUAGCAAAUGUGAGAAUGAAACUUUGCUACCUGUUGCCCAAAGUGAAAUCAACUCUGAAGAUUCCUGCAGACAAGCAUCUUCUUCAGCAGUUAGAAAUGUGCGUGAGAAAACUCCUGUGUCAAGAAAAAGAUAAAGAUGUUCUGGCCAUUGUAAAGAGAACUGUGUUAGAGUUGGACAGAAUGGAAAUGUCUAUGGAUGCUUUUCAGAAAAAAUUUUAUGAAAAAGAUUUGUUGGAUCAAGAGAAAGAAAGAGAAGAGCUACUUCUUUUGGAGAUGGAGCAGUUAGAGAAGGAGAAACAACAGAAUGACGGGAGGUCCUCUAAUGAUAAAAUCUUUGAGAAGAAACGCAGAGACACUAAGACACAAAGUCUGCCCAAGGCCCUCCCUGUUUCUGUUCCUGGACCAUCUUCUAACACCCCAUCAACAAGCAAAGAAAUCAAGAAAUCCAAAUUGAUUCGAAGCCAGUCUUUCAAUAAUCAAGGCUUUCAUGCAAAAUAUGGCAACUUAGAGAAGUGUGUUAAUAAAAGCUCCCCAGCAGCUUACGUCCCUCCUGUCUCUGUGCUGCCGAAGACCAGCGUGAUCUCACUACCUGAUGACUCCUUCCGGACUCGAAGUGCCAGUAGUGCCCCACCUUCUUUUUCUCCUAAUCCCCAAUUACCAAGUACCUCCCGGGGGACAGGUAGCGCUGAUGCAAAGAGUGGUGGAAGUAAGGAUGUGCAACCUCGGAAGGCCACCUUAAAGUCCAGGAAAUCUUAACUCAGCUUCUUGAUGGAGGAGGCAAAGGGACCACUGGAGGUGAUAGGAUUGAUGGACAAAGCCAAAGCAAUGGAUGGACUUUCCUAAUUUUUUUCUUUUUUAAAAAAAGAAUGAGAAAAGAGACAUAAUGGCAGCCGAUAUUAAACUUACCAAAUUUGGAAUUAGAUUCCCUAGCAGGUAUGAAUUAUGUUUCUUAACCAAUAAUGUGGUAACAGAAUUCCAGUGUUACGGUGCAGUGUAACAGAAAACAGCUUGGGGUAUGUGUGUGGACACAAACUUGCCUUUGUGCAGGAAAUGAGCUGUUUUGUUGUUCUAGGGUUUAGCAGUUAGAGAUGGCAUGAGAGUCCAAAUCAGCUGAAAUUGCCCUCACUGGGUGUGAGGGGAGGUAAGGAAGAUUCUGCCUUUCUCACGGCUCUUGGAGCCCAGUGGGACAGUCACACUGAGCAGAUUCUGCAGUCUUCUCACUCAUGUGAUUGCAGUGGCCGGGUGUGACAUGCGGACAUCCCACAUUUAGAUUUGGCAGUAAAAAUCUUGCAAAGAGUUCCAAGAAGUUUGAGCUACAAAUACCUAAAAAUAAUAGAUUGAUGAUUUUCUUUGUUUCCCGCAACAAUUUCUUUUAUAAAUACUCCAUCUACGCUUUAGGUUGUAUUUGUCCUUACUAAAAUAAAAGUGAUAAAUCUAGUCGGAAUCAGCUGUUAUUGCAAGCUAUCAUGCUUAAGCUAUGUUGACAGCAUUUGUACUGAUGCUACCUUUUCCAUCAAAAUUUGCCUGUGGAACAAAUACAGUUGUUAAUUUAAAAUGUCAGUUCUUGAGAUAUACUGUAUGAAGCUAUUGUCAGCUUCUCUAUUUCAAAAUGCAAUCAGCAUAUAACUAUAUUAAUAUUAGGAAAUAUUUGUUUUUUAAAAUAUAUUGAUGUACGAUAAAGAUGAUCUGACUUGUGAAUGCAUAUGCGUGUGUGGUCACUUUUUAUAAUGUGAAAUGGAUAAUGAAUUUACACAAA